AUGGACAAUUGGUCGACUGUGGAUAAUAGGUCGACUCAUGGCAACAGGUUGACUCCGGAUAGCUGGUCGAAUCUGGACAACUUGUCGACUGUGGACAACAAGUGGACUCGGGGCAACAGGUCGACUCUCAAUAACAGGUCGACUCUGGACAACAAGUGGAGUCUGAGCAGCAGGGCAACAGGUUUGACUCCAGGCAACAGGUCAUUUCCGGGCAACAGGUCGACUAUAGGAAACAGGUCGACUCUGAACAACAGGUCGACUCUGUGCCAAAGGUCGACUCCCGGCAACAGGUCGACUCCCGGCAACAGGUUGACUCUGGGCAACAGGUCGACUCUGGGUCUAUCUGAAAUCAAUCACUGGAUUACGUGUCCAGAUAAAUCAGUGUGCUACGACAUCUACGGAGAACUAGAGGAGUUCUCCCUCGAGGCACCGUGGUCAUGUCGCUCAAACGCCAAACCCGCUAAACACGACACCGAAUUCUGGCUCACUUCCUGGCCCAACCAAGAGCAUCCCUUGUUGUUGGAUCUAAACAACGCUACAGUACUGAACAAAGUGCCUCUAAAUCUUGACGGGAAGGUUUACAUCCUUGUACACGGCUGGAACUCUGAUGGCGAGUGGCCACAGCUGCUGAAAAACGAGCUGAUGAAAGCUGACAGAACCAGCAACGUGGUGGUGGUGAGGUGGUCCAAAGCCAUGUACGAACAGGCUGUGGCGAACAUUAGAGUGGUAGCUCGACAGCUAGCAUUCUUCAUCAACAGUUUACAGGAAGUACGGAACAUCUCGAGUCAGAGCUUCCAUCUGAUAUGUCACAGUCUGGGGGCACACUUGUGUGGCAUUGCCGGCACUUAUUCACAGCAGCGAUAUAAUAUCACCCUAGCAAGGAUCAGCGGUCUAGACCCGGCACAAUGGCGUCACACGACCAGAGAUAUUCUCACUCGACUCGACCCAAGUGACGCAAGCUUUGUGGAUGUCAUCCACACCAAUGUCAAGAGAAAAGCUGGCAUCGUCAAAUCCCUAGGCAUGAAAGACCCCAUCGGGCACUUGGACUUCUACCCCAAUGAUGGAGGCACACAGCCCGGGUGCGAGGGAGCGACUCCGGGCAUAUGCUCACACAAGCGCGCUCACGAAAUUUUCAUCGAAUCGGUGAAACAGGACUGCCAAUUCCUUGCCAUCAGAUGCGAGUCCUACAAAAAGUUCUUGAUGGGGGAAUGCUGGGGAUGCAAGCCACCUCACGAGUGCUCAAGAAUGGGAUUCAGAACCGUCCCCAUUGAUGUGCCUGUCAAUUCAAAGUUUUUCUUACUAACAACAAAUUCUUCGCCGUAUUGUGGAUACCAUUACCGCACUACCAUCACAGUGAGCAGCGACAGCCCGGCAGGCGACGAUUAUGGCUCGUGGUACCGACUGCAGUCAAUCGAACUUGGCAUUGAAAUCGAAAAGCCAAUUGCCAGGCACCGCCGCAGCACUGAACCCCGGGAGUUUAGUAAAGGAUCAGUCCAUCGCUACGUGGGAUUUUCCCCCUACGCAGGGCCGGUGGGCGCCGUAAGCAUCCAUUUCGUCAAUAUGGAUCACUUAGCAGAAUUUAUAGGUAUUCCUACGCCUCCUCUCACCAUCAGCACGAUUACGGUGGAGAUGCUCGGCUCGGAGACGCUGACACAAUUUUGCCUCAAAGAAUCAGAUCACGGCAACGUCAACGCCUACUCGGUAACUGCAGACAAGUUAUGUAACGAGCCAAGCCGCGCUAGCAUUAAAAAAAUAACGAAAUAGGAAAUAUUAAGCCUCUCACAUUAAAUUAAAAAGUAUGAGCAGGAUGGUAUGCAAGGAUGGUAUUAAACGAUUUAUUCCGAAACAAGUAUGAUCACUCGUCUGUUACUAAAUUUUUCGUAGCUCUCUAAAAAUAUUUAAAUAUGUACCUAUUUCUGCGCGCAGAGUAAGCAGUUAUAGGAGUUUGAAUUCAAAGCCGAAAGAAACAAUGCGUCUGUAAAAUUAAAGCAUGAAAAACGCGAAAAAUGCACGAGUGUUAUGUAAGAAAAAUGGUCCCACGAGAGCAGUCAAGCAGAAACUGGUCCCUAUAUGUCCAUCCAAUCCAUAUGGCCUGAAACUACCUCAGAGACUUUGGAUAGAAAGACUGAGCUCUUUAAGGGGACCGACCUGGCUAAAAUUUUCAAUUUUGGCGUUUUCCACUU